UGUGCAGAUUCAGUGGUGAAGCCGACUAGCUUCGGGAUCAGUGGGUAUAGCAUUCGCUACCUCUUCUGUACAUACCGGAUCUCUACCAAGACCUCCACGAUGAAUGAGAAACGGUCAGUAUCUAUCAGUGACGCGGCCAACUCACCCGGGAGCCUGGACACGAAAGGACGACGUUUCUCCUGUCCUGCCGUCAACGUCAUUGACAAUGCCAUUGUCAUCAAGCGACCACCUUUUACGCAAACAGCAUUCGACGAUUUCCACGCCAAGACCGAGUUCGAAUCCAAGAGCAUAUCCGAACGCGUGAAGAAACAGUGCUAUUGCUCAAAGAAGCGGCUAUGGAAACUUGUGAGCGGUUAUUUACCAAUUCUCAAGGUCCUACGGUACUACAACAUUAAAGACAACAUUCUGAUUGACAUACUGGCCGGUUUAACAAUUGGGGUUCUACAUAUCCCUCAAGCUCUGGCCUUCGGACAGCUGACGUCUGUAAAGAUCGAAAACGGAUUGUAUACAUCCUUAUGGCCUGUCAUCAUCUACGUAUUUUUCGGAACAUCUGCCCACGUUUCCAUCGGCACCAGUGCUGUGAUAUGUAUAUUGACUGCUAGUGUUGUGGACCGUCAAGGCGAGGCGUUUGUCGCCGCCAAUCCGGAUAUUCUGAACUUUACAUUGAAUGGUACUCAAGUGCCUCUUGAUGACAUUCCUGCAUACUUGGAUUACAAGGAAGGAAUAGCCAUGGCGGUGACCUUCGUCUCGGGUUUAAUGAUGAUCUUCAUGGGGAUCUUCAAGCUCGGGUUCAUCACCGCCUACCUAUCCGAGUCCUUCUUUUGUGCCUUUACAUCAGGAGCCGCCGUCCACAUCGCCACAAGCCAGGUCCCAGCUAUGCUUGGACUGGACGUCAAGAAACACGGCGGUCUGUUCAAGUUCAUCAAUAACUACAGAGAAAUCUUCACCCACAUCACCGAGGUCAACGUUGCUGCCAUCAUCUGUGCCGUUAUCACUUGUGUCAUCAUUGUGCUGGUGAAGGACUGCAUCAACGAGAGGUUCAAGCACAAGCUUUUCAUGCCAAUCCCUAUUGAGCUUUUCGUCGUCGUCAUUGGAUGCAUCGUUGGCUAUUUCGGCGACCUGAACACCAACUUCGGAAUCGCCAUCGUCGGUGACAUCCCAAGCACCAUUCCUCCACCAGUCAUCCCACCACUGGCAGAAACCCCCAACUUCCUGGCUGACUGCUUCAUCAUCGCCAUCCUCAUCUUCGCCAACACCAUCGCCAUGGCUAAGAUCUGCGCAAAGAAACACAACUACGAGGUUGACGAUAGUCAGGAGCUCAUCGCCUACGGCAUGUGCAACUUCGUCAGUUCUUUCUUCAGGUGUUUCCCCUCCAGCGUCGCUCCCCCACGAUCCAUGGUUUCCAGUGGCAUGAACACCAAGACGGUCCUCAACGGCGUCUUCACUUCCGGUCUGAUGGUCCUCGUCAUCAUGGUCAUCAGCUCUGUCUUCGAGGUUCUCCCCAAGUCAAUCCUGGCUGCCAUCAUCUUCAUCGCUCUCAAAGGACUCUUCAUCCAGAUUCUCGACGGACGUAAAUUCUGGCGUGUCAACAAAUUCGACUUCGUCAUCUGGUUCAGCACCUUCACCAGCGCUGUGUUCCUCGACAUCGACUACGGUCUCUUUAUCGGUGUUGGCGUUUCUCUCAUCACUGUUGUGUUCCAGACCCAGUUCGCCCGCGGCUACAGACUCGGCAGAACCAUGAAAGAUAGCACCCUGGUAGAGCACAAGAAAUACCAGGAUUCCGUCGAGAUCCCCGGCGUCAAGAUCUUCCGCUUCCAGUCUUCUCUGUACUAUGCCAACGCCGAAAUCUUCCGAUCCAACCUCUACAAAAGCACUGUAAACCCUAGAAAACUUCUGAAGAUGAUCAAGAAAUACGAAAAGAAAAUGGGCAAAUCUGGGAAGAGCGUGAUGCUGCUCAGCGAAGAAAGAAGAAGUUCCGUUGUGAAGACGUCAGUACCAUCAACCGACACAAACGGAAGCAGGAAGUUGAGCACGUCAGAGAACAACCUCAUUCCCCGUAUCAACAGCACAGACUCCUCAAAAAGUGACGGCACCCAACGUGAUUCUGUCUCCAGCAUCGACAACCCUGUGUUCAGCAUCAGCGACGAAGCACAAAAGAACAGCUACACUCUCAAACAGAACGGCUUUAACGCCGACGGAAGCAUGAAACGCCACGGCAGCAUUGACUCCACCUUCUCUGCCGUCACCAUCACCACAAUUAACUCCGAGGACGAAGACGUCGACCCCGAGGACGGCGACGUCCUUGUUACAGAUGAGAAACUGAGAAAUAUGAGACGCACACACCACGUCAUCGUCGAUUGCAGCGUCAUCAACUACUUGGAUGCAUCCGGCGCCAAUGUCCUCAGCCACAUCUCCACUGAGUACGACCACGUCAACAUCAAACUGUUCCUGUCUGGUUGUUCCUACGACAUGCGGGAAGCCAUGAAGCAUGCUGGAGUUUUCAAUAAGAUUCCACAGGAACAUAUUUUCUUGGAUCUCUACGAUGCCCUUGCCGUUGCUAAGAUACAACGGGCCAUUCCAAUGCUGAUGAAUGUGACCGAUUAUUCCGAUGACGAGGCAGCUGAAGAUUCCUACAUCACAAAGCUAUAACCAUGGCAGCCGAUACCUCAUCGAGAAUCUCAUAGACACUACACGUGCAGUUCAUUCAAAGACCUAACACUCGGUUCAGCCGAGCGAUUGUGCUCAUUUUGUACUUCAACAAAUUUUAUCCGGUUCACUUUUUAAAAUCUCAAUUGUCCCCGAUCUUAAGCAUUUCGUAAGCUUUUUUACGUAAUCACCCCGUUAACAAAUACAUAAUGCUCAACUUUUGACAAGGAUACUGGGCUAUGUCGUGCUGAUACCAUACUGAGUGCCACAGCGAUUUAAAUGUACGUAAGUUUAUACAGAAUGAUCAUGUUAAUAUAGGUCAGACCCUUCAGAUCAAAUGCUAUUCGUAUGACGACAUAUCCAAGCCAUCAUUCUCUAUCUGGUGUCAAAAACUGAGUAGUAUAUAACUUUCAUUUUCGGUGUCUGGUUGUGGACUUUAGAUGACGUCACUAGACAUGGAACGAUUUGAUUGGUUCAUCACACUCCAUAUGUGUUUCACUGACGUAUGAUACUCAGGUGUGGCUUUGUACAUAUGCUAUAUAUGUGUGUAUGAUAUUGUUGCAUUCUGCCGUCUUUCAUUAUGUAGAUACUUCGCAGAAUACUUAUGACGAGAUUGGUCAGAACCCGGGGACUUAUAACUUACAAAAAAAUAUGACCCAUUUGUACAUAUGUAAAUAUGAAAUAUUAUAUUCUAACACGAGAUUCAAGAAUGAUUUUAGUGUGCUGACUGUAGAAGCGUUAUCAAAGGAUAUGGAAAUUGUUCAUGAGGCGUUGUUUUACCGAUGGUGCAAGGGGAAUAGUAUGUAUGGAUCUAUUGUUGUCAGCGAAGAUUAAAAUGUUUUACCUAA